AUGGUGGUGGUUCUCUUCAGGAGGGAGUUGGAUUUGCUCAAACGUUCACCUCUUCACUUGGCUUCCGCGGAAGGCCACUGUGAGAUAGUGAAGACAUUAGUAGAAGUGAACAAAGAUAUGUGCUUAGUUGGAGAUGAAGAUUGGAAAAUUCCUCUUCAUUACGCAGCCAUGAGAGGACGCAUUGAAGUGAUUGAAAUGCUUAUUAGCGCGGAACCAAAUUCAAUUCAAGAGAAGCUUAGUGAAGGAGAAACGGUUCUUCACUUGGGUGUUCAAUAUAACCAAUUGGAGGCUCUAAAUGUGCUGGUGGAAACUGUUGUUGAUAAUGAUAAUAGCGAGUUCCUCAGCUCAAAAGAUCAGAGAUGUGGUAACACCAUUUUGCACUUGGCUGUGAUGCUAAAGCAACUUGAGAUUAUAAAAUUCUUGCUAUCGAUACCAGGAGUGAAAGCGGGAGCCGCUGAAAUGGAGAAUCAGAGCCGUUUAACAGCUAUUGACAUGGUAGGGCACCUUCCAAAAGACUUGAAAAGCUUAGAAGUCCAGAAUAUUCUUCAGGAUAUUGAGAGUGUUCAUGUGGGUGGUGGUCUUCUCCAAAGACGACAAAACCAUCAACAACAACAAGAAGUUGUAGUAGUAGACGAUGAAGCAAUAACCAGUCAGCAGGCUGUGUGA